AUGAAGUUUGGAAAGGAAUUUGCUUCACAAAUGAUCCCGGAAUGGCAAGAAGCAUACAUGAACUACAACCAUCUCAAGAUUCUCAUUAAAGAAAUCUUGAUUUUCCGGGAACUGCAAAAAAACGGAUCAUCAACACUCGCGUAUCAGCCAAACCCAUCGCUUCCAUCAAAAGGGUCUUCUAGGAAACGAAAGGUGUCCCUUCACCGAGCCUUUAGUGGACUAACAAAGAGCAAUUCUGAUAGCAAGGAAAAAGAUGAUGAUGAUCAAGUGAUCUUGGUUAAAUCAAUGCACAAGCCGUUGGAGGAGGAGGAGAAUUACCGAACUGUUUUCCUUCACUUAUCAGAGGACGUUGGAGAGUCUGAGCACAAUUUCUUUAAACGACUCGAUGAUGAGUUUAAUAAAGUGAUUGGUUUUUAUAAGAAGAAAGUGGGGGAGAUGGUGAAUGAAGCCGAAGAGUUGAGUAAACAAAUGAAUGCACUCAUUGCUCUUAAAAUUAAAAUCCGGGAUCCGGCCUUUUGUAGUUCAACUCCAAUAUUUUCCAGCACCCGGUUCGCUGAAGAACAAAUCACAGAUAACAAGAUGCAUGGAGUAGGAAAUAGCCAACGGAGAACAGGAAGCGAUCGUAUAAAUAAAGAACAAGAGAUGGUUUCUCUAGAUGUCUUAAAUCAUGUAAAGAUCAAUGUUAUGCCAGAAACUCCAUUGUCAUCAUUAAAAAACGCUUUUAGUAGAUCAAAAUUAAACUUCUCGUUCAGCAACAAGGAAGUUAGAGAGGCAGAACGAAAGCUGCAGCAGGCCUUUAUUGAGUUCCAUCAAAAGCUUCGUCAUCUUAAAACCUACGCAUUCUUGAAUCAAUUGGCUUUCUCCAAGAUCAUGAAGAAGUAUGAUAAGAGCACAUCUAGAAAUGCAUCAAAGGCUUAUUUAGAGAUGGUUGAGAAGUCUUACUUAAACCAAUCUCAUGAGGUUGCUAAGCUUGUAGAGAGCGUUGAGGCGGUUUAUAUUGAACACUUUGCCAAUGGGAAUCGCGGCCUAGGAAUGAAAACUUUACGGAAUAAAGCUAAAAUAGACAGACAGUGUGUGACAUUUUUUACAGGUUGCUUCGUGGGACUAUCAUUAGCAUUUGUCGUGGCAAUAAUCUUAAUGAUACACGUUAGAAACCUUCUCAAGAGUCAGGGCCGCGAUAAAUACAUGACUAACAUUUUUCCAUUAUACAGUGUGUUUGGCUAUCUAGUGUUACAUUUUCUAAUGUAUGCUGGAAACAUAUACUAUUGGAAGCGUUUUCGUGUGAACUACUCCUUCAUAUUUGGGUUCAAACCAAAUACUGAAUUAGGAUAUCGAGAAGUCCUGCUAGUCACUUCUGCCCUAUCAUUACUCACACUUGCAGCCGUACUUUCAAAUCUUGAAAUGGACAUCGAUGAAAGUGCUAGAAGCUCUAGAACUAUAACUGAUUUAAUCCCGCUUGGAUUACUCAUUGCUGUACUGACAAUAGCGUUCUGUCCAUUUAACAUUGUCUACCGUUCAAGUCGUUUCUUCCUGAUAACAUGUAUAUGGCAUUGUAUAUGUGUUCCCCUUUAUAAGGUUACUCUUCCUGAUUUCUUUUUGGCUGAUCAGCUAACUAGUCAGGUUCAAUUAUUCAGGAACUUGCAGUUCUAUAUAUGCUACUACGUUUGGGGAGACUACAAGACGAGAGAAUCCAGCGAGUGUCGUGGAAGUAGCAUUUACCAUGACAUUUCUCUAGUCAUUGCUAUCAUUCCGUAUUAUAUUCGAUUUAUGCAGUGCUUACGGCGUUUAUUUGAUGGAGAAGACUCGAGUCAAGCAGUGAAUGCGCUCAAGUACUUGUCAACAAUCGCUGCAGUUAUCGCAAGAACUUUUUACGUUCAAGAAAAAGGGUUAACACUAAAACUUGUGGCGUUAGCUGCUUCAGUCGUUGCCACAGUGUUUAACACGUACUGGGAUUUAGUAUGCGAUUGGGGUCUUUUACGUAGAAACUCUGAGAACCCGUGGUUAAGAGACAAGCUUCUUUUGCCUCGUAGAUCGUUCUACUUUAUCGCCAUGGUAGUGAAUGUGAUACUAAGACUAGCUUGGAUGCAAACCGUGUUUGAUUUCCACGAAGCUCCAUUUGUCCAUCGAACGGCUUUGAUUGCUUUCUUUGCGAGUAUGGAGAUCAUUCGGCGUGGUAUAUGGAAUUUUUUCAGGUUGGAGAACGAACAUCUAAACAAUGUUGGUAAAUACCGAGCUUUCAAAUCGGUGCCACUACCUUUUACUUACGAGAACAACAAAGAUUUAUAA